CUACAAUCCCUACACAACCUCUCCUACCGUUCUAUUGACUCGCCAAUUCUUACUCUAGAAAAUAAGAGAAGGGCCGAAAAAAGAAAGAUGUCCUUCUACGUCGCCCCCAGUCAGCAGCGCACUCUCCGCGCCUGCAUGGUGUGCUCGCUCGUCCAACUGCACAGCAAAUUCAUGCGCGAAGGCUGUCCCAACUGCGACAACGUCCUCGGCCUCCGGGGCAACAACGACGCGAUCCAAGAAUGCACGUCGCAGGUCUUCGAGGGCCUAGUGACGCUCCGCGAUCCCACGACCAGCUGGGUGGCUAGGUGGCAGAGAUUGGACAGUUAUGUUCCCGGGACGUAUGCGGUUAAGGUUACGGGGUCGCUUCCCGACGAGAUUAUUUCCAGUUUGGAGGAUUCGGGUGUUAAGUAUAUUCCGAGGGACGGUAGCACGGGUGAAGAGGAGGCGUGAUCGAUCGAUCGCUGUCUGCUCGGAUGUUUUUUCUUCGCUGCUUCCGUUCGUUUGCGCCAUAUGUCGGUUCUCUAUCUUGCACGGCAUAGCGAUAUUUUUUUCAAAAAAAGGGGGAUGGUUUGGCCUUCCUUCUUCGAUUUGCACGAUUGGAGUUUCGGUAUUACAGUUUUCUCUUUCGAUCAUGUACGGUACGGGGUUUGUCGGGUUGGUUUAAUUCUGCGCACUGUUUAUAAUUUACAAAGGGGGAUGUCUACUGGAUACCCGGACAAUAGAUCAAGAUCAAGAUCAACGCUGC